AUGCUGCGCAAAUUGCUGAUAUUCCUAGUCCUAUUUGAAUGCUGCUGCAUAUUGGCUCAAUGUCUGAGCCGUAACACAACACAGGCUUUCUGGCCCAGCGCUGUACCACUUGCUGUCCGUUCGCCGUAUUUCAGCUGCUGGCAGAGUAUGGCAGGCAGCGCCCACACCCUCGAAUAUGGCCCGAUGUUUUGGUCGGGAUCUGUGAGUCCUUACUACCAUGCAUUGGGCUGGACAGGAUACAUCAGAGUUGAUAACUUCACUUAUCAGUGGCUCGGUGACAAUGCCACGGUCCAUUCUGCUAGCUUAGAUAGUUUCCAUAUCACCCCAACCCGGACCAUCUUCAAUCUGAAAGCAGGUCCGAUGAAUUUGAACAUCACAUUUCUAACACCAAUCGAAGUAGGCACUAGGAACAGAAGUCAAGUUGUCACAUGGAGUACCGACGUCAAUAUCUUAGAUGGUGUAAUUUACCAUGAAGCAAAGGUCGAGUCACCAUCAGGGAUUUCAGACAAAAUGGAGGUCAACGGACAAGUGGAUGAUGGGACUGCCCCUUAUGUCACCUAUCAAACAGGGCAAGAUGUCGACUUGCAUGACACAUUCAAGACAACUGGAAGUCUGAUGAACGAGAGAGAUGUCAGCUAUCGUGCUAUUGAUAAUAACUUGCCGGCCUUUGCCAUUGCCGCGGAUUUAGGGAAUAUUACUAUGACUCAGAAUCCUUUUGUCUGGUCCGUGGGGUAUGCCCGCCCUUUCGCCAUAUAUGCAAAUUGGACUGGGACCAUGCAAACUCGCUCUCCCUAUUAUAUGCAUGAGUAUGUUGACAAUGAGGACAUGGUAUGUUCUCUCGUAUCAUGCCCUCAAAUGAGUCUGAUCCACUGUUAG